GCGUUACGAAAUGGCGCAUUGGGCCGCAAUGGCCGCCGCCUCGCUCCGCCGCCGGGAAAGAGCGCGGGAUUGGAAGGAAGCGGGAGGAGGCGGCCCGGCAGAAAAUGCCGCAAACGUUCUUGGGUCUUGGGUCCUAGUGCUUUCGCUGAAGUUAUGCCCGCGCGUUUCUCGUCCUUUCAGAUAUUUUUAAGGCGACGAGAAUUCUCCUGUUUUUUUCUUCGCAGCACCCAGUUGACAAUAAUGAAAUUUUUAAAAAGUUUGCUGCUUUAGAAUACUUCCUAAUUUACUGUUCUUGCUAAAGUACUUAGAAUUAUACGUAUUUUCGCGCCUUGUGGGUUGGCUGUAAUGGUUUCUUUGAUUUUUGUUGUAGAGGACUGCAACCACAGUUGAAUUUUUCCUGUGUUUGAGAUAAUUUUAUGCGGUUAUAAGUUUUUUUUUGGUCAUCUUUGUGUUUUGUCGAUUAAAUGCUGUUAACCAAGAUUUGAAAAGAUUACGUGAAUGGUGCUUUAGGCUAUUAAUCAUUUAACGUUUUUUUCUAGCAUGUGACAGUCUUUUCAUAUUAAAUGCCUUAACAUCUCUACUUUGGAAGACACACGAAGACAUUAGAAUGUAAAUGGCCAUGAUCCAAAGGAACCAGAGCAGUUGAGAAAACUGUUUAUUGGUGGUUUGAGCUUUGAAACUACAGAUGAUAGUUUAAGAGAACAUUUUGAAAAAUGGGGCACACUUACAGAUUGUGUGGUGAUGAGAGACCCCCAAACAAAGCGUUCCAGGGGUUUUGGUUUUGUGACUUACUCUUGUGUGGAGGAGGUGGAUGCAGCAAUGUGUGCUCGACCACACAAGGUUGAUGGGCGUGUAGUGGAACCAAAGAGAGCUGUUUCUAGAGAGGAUUCUGUAAAGCCUGGUGCCCAUCUAACUGUGAAGAAAAUUUUUGUCGGUGGUAUUAAAGAAGAUACAGAAGAAUAUAAUUUGAGAGACUACUUUGAAAAGUAUGGCAAGAUUGAAACCAUAGAAGUUAUGGAGGACAGGCAGAGUGGAAAAAAGAGAGGAUUUGCUUUUGUAACUUUUGAUGAUCAUGAUACAGUUGAUAAAAUUGUUGUUCAGAAAUACCACACUAUUAAUGGGCAUAAUUGUGAAGUGAAAAAGGCCCUUUCUAAACAAGAAAUGCAGUCUGCUGGAUCGCAAAGAGGUCGUGGAGGUGGAUCUGGCAACUUUAUGGGUCGUGGAGGAAACUUUGGAGGUGGUGGUAACUUUGGCCGCGGUGGAAACUUUGGUGGAAGAGGAGGCUAUGGUGGUGGAGGUGGUGGCAGCAGAGGUAGUUAUGGAGGAGGUGAUGGUGGAUAUAAUGGAUUUGGAGGUGAUGGUGGCAACUAUGGUGGUGGUCCUGGUUAUAGUAGUAGAGGAGGCUAUGGUGGCGGUGGACCAGGAUAUGGAAACCAAGGAGGUGGAUAUGGUGGCGGUGGUGGAGGAUAUGAUGGUUACAAUGAAGGAGGAAAUUUUGGAGGUGGUAACUAUGGUGGUGGUGGGAACUAUAAUGAUUUUGGAAAUUAUAGUGGACAACAGCAAUCAAAUUAUGGACCCAUGAAGGGGGGCAGUUUUGGUGGAAGAAGCUCGGGCAGUCCCUAUGGUGGUGGUUAUGGAUCUGGUGGUGGAAGUGGUGGAUAUGGUAGCAGAAGGUUCUAAAAAUUUUCAGAAGAAAAGGGCUACAGUUCUUAGCAGGAGAGAGAGCGAGGAGUUGUCAGGAAAGCUGCAGGUUACUUUGAGACAGUCGUCCCAAAUGCAUUAGAGGAACUGUAAAAAUCUGCCACAGAAGGAACGAUGAUCCAUAGUCAGAAAAGUUACUGCAGCUUAAACAGGAAACCCUUCUUGUUCAGGACUGUCAUAGCCACAGUUUGCAAAAAGUGCAGCUAUUGAUUAAUGCAAUGUAGUGUCAAUUAGAUGUACAUUCCUGAGGUCUUUUAUCUGUUGUAGCUUUGUCUUUUUCUUUUUCUUUUCAUUACAUCAGGUAUAUUGCCCUGUAAAUUGUGGUAGUGGUACCAGGAAUAAAAAAUUAAGGAAUUUUUAACUUUUCAAUAUUUGUGUAGUUCAGUUUUUCUACAUUUUAGUACAGAAACUUUAACAAAAUGCAGUUUUGAAGGUGUUUCCUUGUGAGUUAACAAGUAAAGAAGAUCAUUGUUAAUUACUAUUUUGUAUGAAUUUUGCUAAAGUUAACUGUAAAGAAACACCUGCUGACUUGCAGUUUAAGGGGAAUCUAUUCUCUGCAUUUCCAAACCAUGAAAUGAAUGGGCUCUGACAUGUGGAGAGAAUAGAUAUUUGUAUGUUUGCAAUGUGUGUUUUAGAUAAAUAGAAUUGGGUAUUUAAAUUAGCAUAUUUGUGAAUUUAAUAGCAUUAAGAUUUACCUUCAAAUGAAAAAUCUCAAAAUUCCUAUUUGGUUUUUGUGCAUUUUAUUUCAAAAUGUAAUCAUAUGAUUUUAGUGUGUUAGCUUUGCUGAGAGUCCUAGCUGUGUUUAGAACAUCUCCAUUCUACAUUCACCAUGGUCACAUGUGAACUGCCAUAGUUUUAUUUGGGUGUAAAGAAUGUCUACUGCCCUCUGUUUAAAUUCUGGAAAGGGGUAGUGGAUGUUUUCCCUUUCCCUUAAAAACCAUUCUUAAAAACUUCUCAAAAUAACAGGACCACUAAGCCUGCUGUAUCUGAGCAAAUUAGUGGCUACUCUUAUUUUCCCUUUUUAAAGCACAAGAGGCCCAUAAGUCUUCAGUUAUUUUCCUUGGUUUAAUAUAUAUCUAUUUUUUUGAUACAAGCUUUCAGAAGCAAGAGAAUAAAAAUCAUGCAUUGUUGAACCCUUAACUGGCUGGCAUGCUUUCCUGUGUGUACCCUCUGUAUUCUGCUGGAUAAAACCAAGGACAGUCUAGAUAAAAUCAUCCCAAAUGACUUCCUACAGUAGAAGUGUAGCAUAGUUGCUUAGUACAAGCUUCUCACUUCCCAGAGACCCAAAUUCAAAUUUGAAUAGUUUGAGUUUUUGCUCACUUAAAAAUCCACAAGAACACACUGUUAUUCCAUAUGUAUGUUUGAAUAUAUAAAUCAUGUUGGUAUGAGUUAACCGUUUGGUUUGGAAGACCCUGGUUGAGAAGAGUUUUAGAUAAGGUCGUAAAUAUAAAAACCAAUGUCUACUGUUGUGCGCCAGCUAGUGCUUACAAUUUCAUUCGAGCCCUGAGUAUGUGCUCUGCUGUUACUCUUUCUUUGGCAGUUGAACGUUGAAUUCGAGAUUAUUUUUGUUUUCAGAAGUACUAAGCAAAACAAGCAAUAAAAAGGGGAAUGGGGCGUGCUAGUGUUUGAAUAUGCUCUCUUGUUGCUCUAAUUCUGUGCCUCUGUGCAUUAUUAAUAUUUGGAUGCAUGCAAUGCCAGCAUGGAAAUCGGUCUUCACAGAUACUGCAGUUUUCCAGAAAACACUCACAAACCAAUAAAUGUAACAGACAACAUUCCAUUUGUUAACGGACAUAUGUGAAUAAGCAGCGUAGAAAAUAGGCUAAUAUUAGAAAAUGGUUAAGUCUUUAACAACUUCAAAUGUGGUUAUAUAAAUGGACACUGUCAAUGUUCAUAAUUUAAACCUGGGUACCUGGUCAAAGUAAUGCUUGGGAAACAUUUUAUUAAAAUUGAGCUAAAUUGUC